AUGUUUCUGAACGGUGUCGGUUGUGCUGGUAGCAUUGCCCUGAUGCGCGUAGCUGCCAAUAUUGCCAUGGCUGCGACGUCUCGGGAGAGGCCUGCCCGUAUCCUCUGCUUUGCUUCGGAGGUCUGCACUAUGUACUUGAGACACCAGUACGCAGAGGCUGAGGUAGCUACUGACGUUGAAAACAUGGAUAUCGCGGGUGCCAUCUUCGGCGAUGCGGCAUCCGCUUUUGUGUUGUGUAACGAUGAUGGGUUGGAUGACCUCACUCAGGCCAAGUUUCAGCUACUUGAGUGGGAGCGCAUGACCGUACCAAAAACGAUACACCAUAUGGGCGCCAUGGUGAAGACGACUGGCUUCACCAGCAUUAUCUCCAAGCAAGUCCCGGAUAUCGCCAAGCAGUCGGUCCGUCCUCUAUGGGAUAAGCUUCUCCCAUCAUACCGCGAGAAGGUCGGUCAUCCUGAACUCGAAAUUUCCGACUUCGACUGGGCUCUUCAUCCUGGAGGUGAAUCGGUCAUCAACAAUGUCAAGGACAGCAUGGCUUUGGAUGACCAUCAAAUCAGGGCAACUCGACACAUUUACAGAACCAGGGGGAAUACCGGGAGCCCCACGGCAAUCUGCGUGCUCGAUCAGCUUAGGAAUAUGGGUAUAGGGAGCGAGCACGUGGUGGCGGUCAGUUUCGGGCCUGGUCUAGCCAGCGAGAUGGCCUUUUUGAGACGCUGUGAAAUCGAUCAGUGA